AUGAUCACUCAAGAGCAGAUGAACCACCGGGCCAAUGUUGCCUCAGCAGCAACAUGGCCCUUCGCAGGUAUCAGCACGGCGCUGUUUAUGAUGCGCCUCUUUGCGCGUUGGCGGCUGCCAAAGCAGGCGCGCAACUUCGAAGACUUCAUGUUGACGCUGGCUUGGGUGUUCGCCAUCGUACAGGCGGCAAUCUUUCAGAAAGCGCUGGACUCGGCGAAAGAGUUGGAUCCAAAUGAUAUGCCUGGCACUGUGCCCAAAGCUGCGUUCUGGGCAAUCAUGAUGAACAACUGGUCAUUUUUGAGUAUUGAACUUCCCAAGGUCGCCGUGGCUAUCCUCAUCACUCAUCUCUUUCGCCCGGCGCUCUGGGUGCGCAUCUCCAUUUGGAUCCUCUGCGUGACUAUCAACGUGCUGGCUGUGGUUGGGUUCAUCAUUACUUGGGUAAUGUGCAAUCCAGUUGCGGGGCAGUGGGAUCCGUUCACCUAUCCCCAGGCCCAAUGCUGGCCUCGCUCGAUCCAAAUCACCUAUGCCUGCGUGUUAUCUGGCAUCUCGACGUUCAUCAACAUUGCCUUUUCGGUAUACCCGGCCAUCGUGGUCUGGCGUUUGCAGAUGCCCCUCUGGAAAAAGAUGAGCACGAUCGGACUCAUGGGACUAGGGCUUGUCGCUUUUGUCUUCUCAAUUAUCAAGCUCUACUAUAUGACCUUCCUCCUCGACGGCCCGGGUCCUUUGGAUCUCAUCUAUCUCUGCGCCCAACUCGGCAUCUGGAAUCGCAUCGAGAAUGACUUCGUCCUGAUGGUCGGCCUUCUCCCCUUCGUGCCACCCUUCAUCAAAUCCUGCUCGCAGUUUACAAAGAAGCAUCUUACUAUCAACAGCCAGCGACACAAGAGCAGCCAGUACUCUACACUCGCCUCUCAGAAGCAGGACACCCGCGUCAAUGACAACCUGGAACUGGAGUUGACAGCACAUGCUCAAAAACCAGGGUUGGGAGAUACAUGGUCUGACAACAGUGUGGGAAAGAGCCAUCGCGAUAGUAUGGGCAAAGGAUCAGGGUUCUUCUAG